AUUUGAAGGUUUGCAUAAGCAAAAUCAACUUUUGGGUAGUUCAUGAAAAAUCCCGUGGCAAUCAUCCUUUGUGUUCUUCUGUAGCAGACUGAAAUUUGCAGUUUUGUUUAUAGUCGUAGUUGUAAAGUAAAUAAUGAACGCAGUCUUUUUGAAUCCAAGAAAAAAUGAUUUCAAAACUUAAUUAUUUCCUUUUUCUGGGUUUAUGUGUGCUAUCAAUAGGAAAGUCCUUCAAAUACGAAGACAUAUCUAGCGAAAUAUUCCCCGUUAGUGAAGAUACAGGAAUUAUAGCAGCUUACGGGCACUUUAAUAAUGAUGAAUUUACAGAUGUUGUUACGUUGCAGCAAGGAGGUAACAAACUUCAGUUAUUAAAAGGCAGUGAAAACCGUCCCUAUUUCGAGCCAUCUUUGAAUUGUACUUUCGGUAAUGGGGAAGUUGUUACUAGUGUGGUACCUGCUGAUUUCAACGGAGAUUCCUUAUUAGAUAUCUUAAUUACUCUAUGGAGUGAUUCAAGUAAGACCAAAAUUAAUGACAUUAGAGUACUCUGGGGUACUGGAUUUGAUUCAGUUGAUUGCAAAUCGGAGUCACUAUUUUAUCUUAAUGCACAACCGUUUAUUGCCGAUUUCAAUGGUGACAUGAUACCAGACAUCAUCGGUGAAACAUUAGAUGGGAAACGUUAUGUUUGGAUUUCGUCACAUGAAAAAAAGUUUACGAAUCGCAGUUUGUCCCAAAUUGGUGGUAAAACGAUAAGUAAUCCUCAUUCUUCAGGUCUGAUAGAUUUGAACAAUGAUAUGACUCCUGAUAUCUUAAUGAGAACGAAAGAGGAUAUAGAAAUAUGGCUUAAUACUGGUCAUGAUUUUAUUCCCAAUGGAACAAUUCAAUAUCCUGAAAAGGCUGUUUAUAAGUGGCAAUCUACAUUUAUGGAUAUAAACAUGGAUGGUAAACUUAAUCACUUGUUACCAAUCUGCUAUGACCGAGAAUGCCGUAAAUCUGCUAUAAUGAUGUGGAAAGCCAAUGACUCACAGUGGGUAACUUUGUUAGAUAAUUUUCGCAAUCCAAAAGAAAAUGUUACGUAUGGUUUCAGACUACCUAUGUCUACAUCUCAUCUUGAACGAUCGGCGUUACCUACAACUCUUCGCUAUGGUGAUGUCAACAUGGACGGUUAUCCAGACCUUUUGGUAGUUUUGCAGUCCAGUAUAAAUUCUGCUCAUGUAAAGGCUGUUAUUUUGAGAAAUAUACCUUGUGAAAGUUGUACAUUUGGACGAAGUCUUGAGAUUAUAUGGGAUGUACCAGGCCUUUCUAACAUGAAAAAUAUUCAAUUGGCUUCAUUUUUUGAUUUGUUUGAAGAUGGUAUUCUAGAUAUAUUGGUAUCAACUAAUAAUGAUGGACAAUGGAAAAUACAAGCUUUUAGAAAUACUGAAAUUUAUGAUUCAUGUUUUCUGAAAGUGUUAGUUUUAAGUGGAUUGUGUUAUAAUGACUGUUCUACUGAGCCCUAUGGUGUGAACCAGCCUGGACCGUUGGUCCGGUACAAUAUGACCAAGCAAGAUGGCACACCUGUUGUCAGUACCGCAAUUCAAUUACCACAGUCUGCUCACUUUCCACUACAACUUCCAUAUUCGAUGUUUGGUUUGGGACCAACACCUAACUUUAUAGAUGUACUCACAGUUUCAAUACCUGCUAAAUUUAAUGGCUCCGUUCACAGUCGUGAAUGGCUUCAAAUCAUUCCAAAUUCUCAAAUAGUUGUGAUACCUUACCCUCCUAAUGACUCGAGUAAAUGGGUCAAGAAACUUUUUGUGACGCCCAGUCGCUUGGUGAUGUUAACUUGUAUUUCUUUGGUAGGAACUUGUAUAUUUAUUGCUUUAAUUGUUGCUUUACUUCAUUGGAAGGAGAAAAGAGAAGACAAAAGAGAAAGAAUGCAAGAAGCCUACAGAUUUAAUUUUGAUGCUAUGUAAAGUUCCUUUCUUAAUAAAUUAAUAUAUUUUAAAUUUC